CUUUAUAGGUGUGACCUGCAAAUGUGACUUCACCCUUUGAAGCCUCAGUUUUGCGAUCCGUAAAAUGGACAAAAUCGAAGCUACUUUAUGGUGCUGUUGAGAGGAUUAAAUGAGACAAUGCUUGUAAAGCUCUUUGCACGAGGGAGCCUUGGAGGCAGGGCCUGGCGGGCAGAGCACACCUGCUGUAACCCAGGACCACAGGCAGCAUGAAGACCCCCAUGGAGCUGACCAUCAGUGGCAUGCAGACCCUCCACCUGCAACACCGCUGCCGGGGUGGCUGCCGGGUCAAGGCCAGGGCAUCGUACGUGGAUGAGACUCUGUUUGGCAGCCCUGCAGGCACCCGCGCCGCCCCACCAGACUUUGACCCACCCUGGGUGGAGAAGGCUAACAGAACCAGAGGAGUGGGCACAGGGGCAUUGCAGACCUCGGGGGCCCAGGGGAAUUAUGAGACCACCCACUCCAGGGGCAUCACCCCGACCCUCACACCCAGGAAGAAGAACAAAUACAGACUGAUCAGCCACACUCCAUCUUACUGUGACGAGUCGCUGUUUGGCUCCCGACCUGAGGGUGCCAGCCGGGAGUCCCCGUGGAUGGCCAAGGGGGAUGCUGCGAAACUCCAUGCCCUCUUCUGGACGCCACCAGCUACCCCCAGGGAUAGCCACUCGCCCCGCUCCAGGGAGACCCCACUGCGAGCCGUUCACCCGGCUGGUCCCUCGAAGGCAGAGCCCAGGGUGGCGGCAGACUCCAGGAGGCUGUCCGUGGAUGGGUUAGACUCUCCACGUCCUCUGAGGCGGGGACGUUCCCAUUCCCUCACCCACCUGAGUGUCCCCAGCACUGGUCACCCAGCCACCAGUGCCCCCCACGCAAAUGGACCUCAGGGUGCCAGGCCUUCCACAUCAGGGGUCACCUUCCGGAGCCCCCUGGUAACUCCCAGGGCUCGCUCAGUCAGUGUUUCAGUCCCAGCUACCCCCCGCCGAGGUGGGGCCACCCAGAAACCAAAGCCACCUUGGAAAUGAGGUUCUUUCAUCAGGGUCGCCCAUGGGGUCGUGGGAGGGUGUAGCCCCUGGCUGGGGUCUUCAGUGUCACCUGGGUAACCCCCAGGCAUCGGAGAAGCCCCCAUGAGGGCAGACAUAGCUGGGUGGGCAGUGCCUCUCUUUAUC